AUGGGGAUUCCCCCAGAGCUGUUAUCAUCAGAGAAGCAGACCCAGCAGGACUUCACAGAACCAGCGCCACCCUCCCCCUCCACCUACCUUGACCUGCCCCUGACACCCCACGUCAACAAUGCCACGGAUGAUCUCUCCUACAUCUCGCACAUGCUCAUGGAGGACGACAUUGUUGACAACUUGUACCACCAAUCCCCCAACCACCCUAUGUUCCUCAAUGCCGAGCAGCCCUUUGCCCAGAUCCUCUCCGCCAAUGCCACCUCUGAUGCCCUCACCACAUGGUCACGCAGCUCUGCCCAACCCUCUCCGUUGCAGUCGUCGGGGGCAACACCCAAGUACUACUACUAUUGUGACAUGAUAGCCUCCGAAAUGCUACCCAGCGACAAUGUGAACAGAACACAUGUAUAUCAGGAUGCAUCCUCUGCCUUUUUUAUGAACACCAUGCAUGUGGAAACUGCGGUGGAACCCCACAGAUUGUUACCAACUAAGAGCAGCAGCAUGGACAUGAUCAGCAUGGCAUUCUUCAAAGGCAUGGAGGAGGCUAACAAGCUCUUACCCUCCGAAAACGAUAGAAAGACAUUGGAUCAUGGUAGGGGCCGGAAGAAGAGGCUUUAA